AUGGACUAUCUACCGUUUAUAGACAGUACGUUACCACAUGAAGAUGCACAGAAUGCCAUAAAUAUGAGAGUGAAACGAGCGUUGCAAGAAAUAAAUGAGGAAAUACACCCUGAAGUGCAAAAGUUAUUAGACAAUGUUGGAAGACGUAAUAUCGACGAUAAAUUGUACGAGAGUUAUCUAGAAUCUGAAGAUGAGGAUGCUUUUUUAAAAGCGUAUAGAAAGGAGUGUGGUGGAGUUGAUUUAAUGAGAUAUAGUAUGGAUAAUGAACAAGAUGUUGAGAGAUUAGCAAUCAGUGAUUCGUACCUGCGACAUCAAUGCAUUACUUUGGAGAAAUUAAUGUCUCGAACGAUAAUGAAUCAAUGGACAAUGAAUAAUGUAUUUUUACAGAAUUUGAAUGAGCAAGUUGGUAGUAUGGUUACGAAACAAAAGAGAAAGAACGAGGAUUUGAUAAAUUAUAGAAUAAAAUUACAAAAGACGCAAGAGAAAAGUAUUCGUAAAUUAGAGAUGGAAUAUAAUGAUGCAUUGAUAGAUAGAAUAACUUAG